AUGACAACAUAUAAGCAAAUUAGCUAUGCUUCUGAGAAAGCUGCAGUUUCAUCAUCAUCUGCAUCAAAGAAGGCGGCCUACGAUGUUUUUAUUAACUAUUCUGGUGUUGAUGCCCAACAUACGCUGGUUUCCUCUGUCUGCACUGCCUUCCGUGGCAUGGGACUAGAAGUUUUUGUACAUAAAGAAGUGCUUGAACUGGGCGAUUUCAUACCAGUUGAAACAGAAGAGGCCAUACGCACCUCCUUUCUUCAUAUUGCCAUACUUUCACCCAAGUAUGCACAUUCUCCCUCGUGUUUGGCCCAGCUGUCGCUUAUGCUCAAAAUCGGCUGCACGGUUAUUCCUGUCUUCUACAAUGUUGAGCCCGGCAAUGUCCGUGACGUGAAAGGACUGUUUGCUGAUGCAUUUGAGGAGUACGAAAAGAAGAGUAGAUAUGCAUCAGAAAAGCUUCUUGAGUGGAAAAGGGCGCUGCACAACGUUUCUUUUCAUUGUGAUGAAAUCCUGAAGGGGAAUAAUGAUGGAGGAAGGUUAUUGAAGAGUAUUUUGAAUUAUGCGAUGAAUUAUAUGAAAAAAGUACAAUUGAAAGGAGCCAAAGAUGCAGAUGCAGUAAGUCUUUAUGAAGUAGUGCAAGAGAGGCUUAAAAUAAGCUUCGAUGGAUUGAAUAAGGAGGAACAAGAGAUAUUCCUAGAUAUAGCUUGUUUCUUCAUAGGAGAAGAAAAAAGUUUGGCCAUUGCAGUGUGGGAUGGGUCCGGAUGGAGUGGAGCAUAUGGUUGGGAAGUACUUGAGAAUAAGUGUCUGGUUGAGGUCGAUGAGAGAAACCAUAUCAAAAUGCAUGAUCACAUUAGAGAUCUUGGAAAGAAAAUUGCCAAAGAGAGGUCACCCUACCGUGUUUGGUCAACGCCGCAAAUCAUGGAUAUUCAGAGACAGGCCAGGGAAGGAGUGCUUAUUCGUGGUAUUAAAGCGGUGACUGAUGAUUUCUAUGAAGAGAGUUCAUCCCAUCAUUGUACACCUUUUGAAGAGUGUAUGGCGCUUGUGAGAGGCUGUUCUGCAAAUUUCAAGGGCCUUACACCUUCUAUCCUUGUUGUUAAGGGGGAUUAUUUUACAGAAGAAUUUGCAAAUCUAUUCCCAGCCCUUCUCUGGCUGAGAUGGAUCGACUUUCCGGAGGUAGCUCUUCCGUCAUGGCUAAUGUUGAAUAAUUUAAGAGUUUUACAGCUUCCGUAUGCUAAACACUUGGAAGAACUGUGGACUGAUGCUGCCGAUCCUCCUUUUGAAUUGAGAGAGCUAAAUCUUGAAAAUACCCAAAAUCUCCUCAGAUUUCCGAGGAAAAUAAACUGUCUUAAACAUUUGAAAAAGAUAUCCUUAAAAUGCAGCGCAAGGUUACAUCGAUCACCUUUUGGGUCGAAAUAUACUCCUAUGGACAGUCUUCCAGAAGAGUUUUGUUUGCUUGAAUCUCUGGAACACCUCCAGCUAGAUGGAUGUGUUAGGCUAACAUCACUGCCCAGCAAUUUUGGCAAUUUGACAAAUCUACGACAUCUAGAUUUGAGUUCCUGUUGGACGCUGAGGACGUUGCCUGAUUCUCUUAAGCAGCUCAUAAAUCUACAGUAUGUCAAUUUUAGUGGUUGCAAGAAGCUCACUUUAACAUCAGAGAGAAAUUACAUUCUGGAAAAUAUGACAAAGCUGGAGACACUGAACCUUUUUGCAUGUGAAAAUUUGCAGAAGUUACCUCUGCAUGUCACAAAUCAGUUGUCGCUGAGAUAUCUGAAUGUGAAAGGCACCAAGUUAAGGGAAUUGCCAAGUAAAUUUGGUGAACUAAGCAAAUUGGAGAACCUAAGAAUAGAAAGUCAGUUCUUGACAAUGCUGCCGCCAUCUAUCGUGAAUUUGUCUUCCUUGACCAGCCUUGACAUCUACAACUGUAGGGAGUUGGAAAUUUUACCUGAGUCUAUUGGGAAUUUGGCUUCCUUAACUAAGUUCAGUAUUUCUCAUUGUAUAAAGUUAAAAUAUUUACCUGAGUCCAUUGGCUGUUUGUCCUCCUUGACUUAUCUUCACAUUAAUGGUUGUUUGGAGUUCGAAACCUUGCCCGAGUCUAUUAAGAAUUUGGCUUCUUUAACUAAGUUGAGUAUUUAUGGCUGUAAAAAAUUGAAAUGUUUACCGGAGUCUAUUGGGUAUUUGUCCUCUUUAAUAAGUCUUGAAAUUUAUGGAUGUGGGAAGUUAGAAUUUUUACCAGAGUCUAUUAGAAAUUUGUCUUCCUUAACUAAGUUAAUAAUGCGACAUUGUGUGUUCAAAUAUCUACCUGAUUCUAUGGGUCAUUUACCUUCUUUAACUAGUAUUGACAUUUGUAAUUGUUAUGAACUAAAAACCGUACCUGAAUCCAUAGGUCGUUUAUCCUCUUUGACUCAUCUUUACUUAUAUUGCUGUUCGGAAUUAGAAUCUUUACCCGAAUCUAUAACCCAUUUGUCCUCCCUAACUAAUCUUCACAUUUCUGAGUGUAGCAAGUUGGCAUAUUUAGCUGAACCUGCGAGAAGUCAUAAUGAGUUAGAAGAUCUCAGCAUAAACUCUUCUCUAGACAAGUCUCUUUCGCUUCCAAAAGCAAGUGCGCAGCUUAGCAACCUUCAAAAUCUGAAUAUUAGUGGCUGCCCGAUCACAGAAUUGGCAUUCCUGUCUUGUUCAUUGUGCAAACUCGAAUCGAUAUAUCUAUUGAACACUCCUCUGUCUAGGAUAUCAAUCUCACAACAAUGUUGCCCUAGCCUGGAAACUCUACACAUUGACUACAAUAACCAGUUAGUAGAGAUCGAAAGCUUGCCCAUAUCAGUAAAGGCCAUAAAUUUGAGGAAUUGUACAAUGCUGAAGUCUCUUCCUCAAACAAGUGUGCAGCUUAGCAAUCUUCAAAGUCUGAUCAUUCAGAACUGCCCGGUUACAGAAUGGACUUUCCUGUCGGGAUCCUUUUCUUCUUCAUUGUGCAGACUCAAAAAGUUAGAGUUACGCAACACUCUUUUGUCAAGGAUAUCAAUCUGUCAACAAUCCUGCCCCAGCCUGGAAAAUCUUCAGCUUGACAGUAAUGAACAUUUAGUAGACAUCGAAGCCUUGCCAAUAUCAGUGAAGGCCAUAAAGUUGAGCAAAUGCAAAAUGCUGAAGGGCAUAAAUUCUUUGUGUGGCAUGAUAAACCUUGAGACACUGUCUAUAAAGGACUGCGGGGACAACUUAGAUGAGCUUCCAAAUCUAGCGAUCUCACUAAAAGAAUUUGAAAUCAUAGAAACUGGUGACCAACCAAAGAAAAUACAAGGCCUGGAAAAUUGCAGUUCAUUGGAGAAGUUGAGAGCACUGACUUGCUGCAAUGUGCCAGACAUACAAAAUCUGGACCAUAUGGAGAGACUGCAAAGACUAGAGCUCUCAGCAGCAUGCAACAUAUCAGCAUUUGAACCUUGCCUUCAGACUAUAAAGAAAUGGCCAUCAGAAUGUAUGAUAUGCGCAAGGAAAGAACGUAAUGUGGAAUCUGUUCUGAAUUCUUCUGUAUUUCCUGGUCUCACAUUAGUUGAUUCAUGCGUGGAGGAGAUUGUGAGUAAAUACGGAGAUACAUUGUUGAGUUUAAAAUGCAGGCAGAAGCGUUCUUCCAACGCGGCAGCGAUGGUGUGUUUUGAGAUAAAUUCCAGAUUCGCAUAUACUGAUGUAACUUUCAGGAACAAGAAGUUUGCUACUUCCAUGAACGUGGGAGAGGGAAAAUGGAUAUUCUUAGGUGUUUUCAAACAACCUUCCCUUCUGACAGAGGACUACAAACUAAGCAAAAGAGGUUACUGCUCUGAGUUGGGGAGAGGAAUGUUGGUGAUGGGCGACCAAGAGAGAGUUGUGGAGACAUUUAAAAAAUUACUGCUAUUUUUUGGUGUGUGA